AUGAAUCUGUUCAUCUUCGUGGUCAACUUUGUUUUCAUCUUGUCUAAUUCCAGGGCCAGACGGCAGGUUGCAACAAUCACCACCUGGAAUGGCCCGAUCAUGUGGAAUGGGAUAUUUGACGCGAAUGCUUAUGAUAAGCUGCAUGUUCAACUCCGGUCCUCCGUGGCUCUCACUGUGUUUGCUGUGGGAAGGUACCUGGAUGCCUACUGCAAGGAUUUCCUGACCUCGGCAGAAAAGCACUUUAUGCCGGGGUUACCAGUGACGUACUACGUGUUUACCGAUUCACCAGAGAAGGUACCGCAAAUCGAGCUCGGCCCUCAACGACAGCUCAAGGUUAUCAAGGUGAAAAUGUACACCAGAUGGCAGGACAUCUCUAUGAUGCGCAUGAGUAUGAUAUCGAAUCUCAUAGAUUCGGAGAUCGCUUCCAGCUUCAGCCACAUCUUCUGCUUCGAUGUGGAUCAAGUGUUUGAAGCGAGGUUCGGCUCAGAGGCUCUGGGAGACUCUGUGGCUUUGCUCCAUGCGCAUUAUUACAAACUUACAAAGGACAGGUUCACCUAUGACAGAAACAAUAAAUCCACAGCCUUCAUGGAAGCUGGAGAUUUCUACUACCAUGCUGCCAUCUUUGGAGGAUUGUGUGCAAACGUGAAGAAUCUGACAGACGCCUGCUACCUGAGCAUCAUGGAGGACAAAAUAAAUGACGUGGAGGCUCUGUGGCACGAUGAGAGUCACCUCAACAAGUACUACUGGCUGAACAAACCAAGCAAGCUGCUCCCCCCCGAGUAUUGCUGGGACUAUAGUAUUAGUGACAGGAGCGACAUAGAAAUCGUCCGCCUGAGAUGGGCACCAAAACAUUACGACACACUUCGUGCUAAUGUCUGAUUAACUUUGAAAAGAUGGAGACAAUUUUUUUGUGAGGUCACCCUGACUUUGACCAUUAAAUUCUAAUCGGGUCAUCCAAGCUGAGUUAGAUCUGAACGAUAUGUAGAGAUAUAAGAUCCAUGAUACUCGUAGGAAUGUGGAAAACACGUAUGUGGGAAAUGAUGCAUGUUGGGAUAUAUUAUAAAAGACACUUGCACAUUAGCUGCAGGCCAAGAAUCAUCAAACCAACCUUGAUAAUUAAACUGAGUCCCAUAAGAUGCAAAAAAAAUCCUGUA